AUGGCAGAAGUAAAUUUACUAUCGAGGGAAAAGCCAUCGCCGACUGGACUAGGUGUCCAAGAGCCCCGAGCACUGAUAGAAGAACAAUAUCAAGGACAAGAAGUACCGGCGCAAUCCAAUAAUACCCAUGACCCUCUCACUCCAAAGAAAACAUGGCGUUUCUGGGCCGUAUUCCCAGCCCUAUGCGUGACAACUUUCCUCUCAGCCCUUGAUACAUCCAUUCUCUCAACCGCCCUCCCGACAAUAGCCCUUGAUAUCAAUGCCGGCGAGCUAUACAUGUGGAUUACAAACUCCUACAUUCUAUCAUCAACGGUAGUCCUACCACUAUUUGGACAGACGGCAAACAUCUUCGGUCGACGAUGGAUGCUCAUCGUUUCGGUUGUCAUAUUUGCCCUAGGGAGUGGCAUGGCCGGUGGUGCAAAGAACACCGGACUUCUUAUUGCGGGACGAACAAUACAAGGAAUCGGCGGUGGCGGUAUAAACACUCUCGUGGACAUCGUCAUUUGUGACCUGGUCCCCCUCCGCCAACGAGGUAAAUAUGUCGCGCUCAUGGCAGCCGUGUGGGCAGUUGGAACAGUCAUCGGCCCCGUUCUAGGCGGUGCAUUCGCUCAGUAUGUCUCAUGGCGGUGGGUCUUCUAUAUCAACCUGCCGCUUUGUGCCGUGUCGCUUCUACUGCUAGUGCUGUUUCUGCAAGUUACACACCCAAGUGGCGGUGAUGGGGUAUGGCACCAGAUUAAGCGUGUGGACUUCGUUGGUAAUUCCAUCCUCACAGCUGCCGUUAUCUCGAUUUUGCUAGCACUCUCUUGGGCUGGGACAACAUACGCUUGGUCUUCGUGGAGAGUUCUUGUGCCUCUUAUCUUAGGAAUAGGGGGCCUGUUCCUUUUCUACGCCCAUAAAAUAUCACGAUUUUGCACUGAGCCCUCGAUUCCGCUCCGGCUGUUCUCAAGCGGGACUGGGAUGUGCGCGCUAUUGAUUGCUUUUCUUCAGUCUAUCCUGCUCUACUGGGUCGGAUAUUUUCUACCAGUCUACUUCCAGGCUAUACGUAACUCGACUGCCACGGAAUCCGGGCUAUAUGUGCUUCCUAUCACUGCCGCAAUCGCGCCUUUUGGCAUCGUCACGGGAGUCAUCAUCGCCAUGACUGGGAAAUACCGCAUCUUCCACUUCUUGGGAUAUACAUUCCUCACGAUUGCCAGUGGCCUGUUCUCACUUCUAGAUGCCCGUUCGCCUGCUCGCGACUGGGCUGGCUUCCAGAUACUUUUCGGAGCUGGUUCUGGUAUGAUAUUCUCCAGCACCCUACCUCCGAUCCAGGCAUCGCUAUCCGAAUCUGAUGUGGCCACUGCAACCUCUACAUGGGCAUUUAUGCGUAGCUUUGGUUGUAUAUGGGGUAUUGUUAUUCCGACCACUAUCUUCAACGCACGUAUCCAAGAGCUGUUGCAUCACGUUAGUGACGUGUCUCUGCGUGCAAAGCUCGCUAAUGGCGGUGCAUAUGCUAUGGCCAGUCAAGGGCUGAUGCGUACUUUGAGAAAUACUCCGACACUUAUGGCGGAAGUGCUCGGUGUUUAUCAAGAUAGUUUACGAUGGGUCUGGUGGAUUUCGAUCCCGUUUGGGGGCAUCGGGUUGCUUCUUUGUAUACCCAUUAAGCAGUUGAAGCUCACGGAAGAUUUGCAUACAGAGUUUGGAUUGCAAGGUGCAACAAGCAAUAGAGAAGAAGGGUAA